ACACCUACACCUACACCGGUGCUACCUACACCUACACCUACACCGGUGCUACCUACACCUACACCUACACCUACACCUACACCGGUUCUACCUACACCUACACCUACACCGGUGCUACCUGCACCUACACCUACACCGGUGCUACCUACACCUACACCGGUGCUACCUACACCUACACCUACACCAGUGCUACCUACACCUACACCGGUGCUACCUACACCUACACCGGUGCUACCUACACCGGUGCUACCUACACCUACACCUACACCGGUGCUACCUACACCUACAUCUACACCGGUGCUACCUACACCUACACCUACACUGGUGCUACCUACACCUACACCGGUGCUACCUACACCUACAUCUACAUCUACACCGGUGCUACCUACACCUACACCGGUGCUACUUACACCUACACCUACACCUACACUGGUGCUACCUACACCUACACCUACACCGGUGCUACCUACAUCUCUAAUAACGAACUAG